AUGGUCAAAGACACUAAACUCUACGAUUUGUUGGGUGUUUCCCCAGAUGCGGAUGACAACCAAAUCAAGAAGGCUUACAGAAAGAGCGCUUUGAAAUACCAUCCAGACAAGAACCCAAGUGCAGAAGCAGCUGAAAAGUUCAAAGAAAUCACUUCUGCUUACGAAAUUUUGUCAGACUCGCAAAAGAGGGAUAUUUACGACCAAUUUGGUGAAGAAGGACUAUCAGGACAAGGUGGUGGAGCUGGCGGCUUUGGUGGAUUUGGUGAAGAUUUGUUCUCUCAAUUCUUUGGUGGCGGUGGUAGCUCUAGACCAAGAGGUCCACAAAAGGGUAGAGAUAUCAGACACGAAGUUCCAGCUACUUUGGAACAACUAUACAAGGGUAGAACUGCCAAGUUGGCUUUGAACAAGCAAGUCAUUUGUAAAGGCUGUGAAGGUCGUGGUGGUAAGCCAGGUAGUGUUAAGAAGUGUACAAGCUGUAAUGGUCAAGGUGUUAAGUUUGUCACUAGACAAAUGGGUCCAAUGAUCCAAAGAUUCCAAGUGGAGUGUGAUGCUUGUCAAGCCACCGGUGAAAUUAUUGAUCCAAAGGGCCGUUGUAAGGAAUGUAACGGUAAGAAGGUCAACAACGAAAGAAAGAUUCUGGAAGUCAACAUUGAACCUGGUAUGAAGGAUGGUCAAAGAAUCGUCUUCCAAGGUGAAGCUGAUCAAGCUCCAGGUAUUAUUCCAGGUGACGUUGUCUUCGUCGUUUCUGAACAACCACAUCCACUAUUCAAGAGAGACGGUAACGAUCUAAGCUAUGAAGCUGAAAUUGACCUAUUAACUGCUGUUGCAGGUGGUGAAUUUGCUAUCAAGCAUGUCUCCGGUGAAUACCUAAAGGUCGAAAUUGUCCCAGGUGAAGUUAUCUCUCCAGGUUUGAUCAAGGUUCUAGAAGGUAAGGGUAUGCCAAUUCCAAAGUACGGUGGCUACGGUAACUUGUUGGUUAAGUUCAACAUUAAGUUCCCUCCAUCCCACUUCACUAGUGAAGAAAACUUAAAGAAGUUGGAAGAAAUUCUACCUCCAAGAACCCUACCUUCUAUUCCAAGCAACGCCGAAGUUGAAGAAUGUGUAUUAACCGAUUACGAUGCUAACAAGCACAGAUCUAAGUCUGGUGCUAACGGUAGAGGUCAAAGUUACGAUUCCGACGAUGAAGAAGGUGGUCACCAUGGUGCAGAAGGUGUUCAAUGUGCCUCUCAAUGA